AUGUCUUUCCAAUCAUUUCGUAGAUCUCAAGAAUCUCUGCUACCUCUUACCAAGUCGCCAACGCCGCCAUGGCAUUAUGCAGAAGAUUCGCGUUCUCCGAGACGUCCAAGAUUGAGAUCGAUGUCAACAUCUUCGAUUCAUCGAUUACGUGAAGACAUAUUCGUCGACCCAGAUUUCGUAUGGGCGUACAAAGUUCCAGAAUCAUCACUACCGAUGUUUCAAGCACAGCCUCAAAAAUUGGGGCGAAGUGCGCAUCGGAAAAAUGACGUGGUUGAGAACUCUUCUCAAGGAGAACAUCGAGGUUCCGAGCGAUACUUUGCAAGAGAAAUCAGAGGACGUUCGCUGACUCCAAAAGAGCUCAAUGCGGAGGUAUAUACACAAAAAAGUGUGAAAGAAACUACCGUGACAUCGUUUGCGCCAGAUUCGCAUGGUCAAGCCACAGAAGCUGAUCAAGAAAAGCAAUCUGUUGAUGAAUUGGCAAAGCGAGACAAAAGAAUCUCGGAUCUUGAGAAUGAAAAUGCUAUCCUGAGAUCAAAGCUUUGUGGGCUCUCAAUAAAAAAGACCUCGUUCGAUGAGCAAAGAACAAUGCUUCGCAAUACGAUUACGACUCUUGGAGAAGAGAAUGAAUCUUUGGGGAGAAUGUUGAAUCAAACAACACCCAUGACUUCAACCUCAGUGAGAUUCGGACCUGGCCCAGGAAGCUAUGUUCAGAACCCUGCUGUAUAUUCUAUGGAUCCUAUUCAGGCGAUAUCUGAAAUGUCUAUGAUAGGUGAAUCGUCUGCAAAUGAGAGAAGUCAUGCUGAAUUUUCUGAACCAUGUCAAGAUAGCUACACGGGACCGCGGUCAAACAUUAUAACUGCAGGCUCCCCAAACGCCUUGACCCCCAGUUCAGCAUCUGAAGUCCGCACGAAAGACAGAUCUCCUGCAAGAAAGAGAAUCUAUACCGGACUCUACGAAGCAGACCAAAGAAGAUCUGUUAGUUCGUGGCAAAACUUUGUAAUGGCAAGGUCUGCAAUCAUGAGUAGAUUGAUACCGACCGGUAGGAUUGACAAUGCUGCCAUGUUCCAAGAGAUAUCUGAAUGUUUCUUGACAGGUCGCUCUACCAAUGACUUCCACACGUUUUUCAAAAAGGGCCAUCGGGAUUGGCAUUGUCUAAGAACAUAUCUUUCUCAUAAUUUGUUCUGGAGCAAGAUUGAUGAUGACACUGGCAGAUGUUCAAUUUGUACAGAUGCAGAUGAGCCAUCGACCAAUAGAUGUGUGCAAGUCAGGGCCUUGGGUGGAGUGGUUAAAUUUCGUGUGCUAGAUACUACCUAG